GCGUCGUCGUCCAAAUUAUCCGACGAUGGUGAGCUCUCUGACUCGGAACUCUUCGACAUGGGCGAAUAUAGGGAGAGGAGGAUGCAGCAGUUGAAGGAGGAGUUGGCCUCAAGGCCCGCUCCCACUAGUGGUUCAGAUGGGCAACCCCGCCUCCCAGACCUAGGCGUCGACUCCUCUCAAGUAGGCAAGUACAUCUUCCUCGACUCGGAGAAGGAGGCCAUCAAGCUGCUAGAGAAAUCGGGAAGGAAGGUUGUCUUGCACUUUAGCCAUAAAGAGUUCCAGAGAUGCAAGAUCAUGGAUCAGCAUCUUGAGACAUUGGCCGCCCUCCACCCUUCCACCCUCUUCCUCGCCGUAUCCCCGACAAAGGCUCCUUUUCUUGUGCACAAGAUGCAGGUCAAGGUACUCCCCUACGUCGUGUGCUUCGUGGACGGGCAGGUGAAGGAUCGAAUUGUUGGGUUUGAGGAGCUGGGCAAUACGGAUAGUUUCAAGUUGCACGAAUUGGAGGAGAGGUUAGGUACCGCUGGCGUCAUUAUUCCUCGCUCGAAGCAGAACGCCAACAAACCGGUCUACGGGUUCGCGCCCCAGGGUACGACUGGGGAUGGAGACGAUUGGGACUAGCACUGACAGCAAUGGCAUCUCAAAUGUACAAC